CCACGUGACAAGGGCCCGUGCCACGUGACAAGGGCCCAGCCACGUGACGAGAAGCAAACGGACCUCGGCUCUGCCGUUUAUUUGCUACAGUUCGUAUUUUGGCAGCUAUAAACUAUAAUAUAAACGUUUACAUUUUGAAUUUGAAGGUUUUGCGGAUUUGAGAUUAUUUUAGUCAAUUUUAAGCAACGUUUAAGAUAUGUUCUUUAGGAAUUGUCUUUGAAAGUACCUGUACAGUUAUUUAAUGUUUGAAAUCUUUAUUGAGUAUUAUUAUUUCGUGUUCAAAUCGUAAUGCAGUACUGUAUAUACAUAUAAUUUAUGGAUUUUUUUAAAUCAAAUAUAGGAUUCAAAUGUAGUGUUAUGCUUUGAAUUUGAACUGUUAGAAUGUUUUGAUAUUCUCAAAAGUGUUUUUAUAUAAAUGCGUUAAAGUUAAUCCGAUUGUUUUAUUUUCAGCUAACUUUUAAGUUACGAGUACACUCCGAAAUUAUUUUGGAAAUUAAUUUCCAAAUUCAAAACACUCCCAAUGUGUCCACUGUCAAAUUUGGCCAAAGCCAGAGCAAUUACAAUUCUUGCAAUUGUAUGCAUCGUUAACACGGAAAAGUGUUCUACUCCAACAACUGGCUCGAUUUACCAUUAACCACCUGGCAUUCGGUGAUGCUGACUGUGAGUAGCACAACGAGUUUGUGUGAAAUAUACAUCAAUGGAUGGUUCAUGGACUCUGUAAGCACCGAUGCCCAUGGCCCAGUCACCAUCCCGCCGAAGGGAACCGUUAUUAUUUGGCAGCUGCCAGAGGAGUUUAACGGACGAUUUAAUGAUGAAAUUAAGAAUGUCGGUCGCCUCAGAAACGUCAACAUUUGGAAUUACAUCCUUCCGUAUUCAUAUAUAGCAAAUUUGUGCCAUGGGAAGGUGAGAUCGCGAGUUUUGGGAAACGUCUUUCAGUGGACAGAUAAGCACAGCAAGACAACAGACGUAGUGAUACUCGAUAACAAGCUAGAUUCCUAUGAAUACGUUACUGCUCUGUCAACCAGCAAUAACUUACACUUGUGUGCGAAUGAUAAUGUUUUACUCUGGAAAAAAUCGCGGUGUGAUGUAAACGCCACAGAGUGGGAAUUCACUAAAUCUUUUAGAAUGCGGAAUAUACAAAAAGACAAGUGCCUAACGGCCUACUGGUGGCAGGCUCCUACACAAGAUGACUGUACGAACUUCGGUGUCUGCCCUCAAUACGCUGAUCAAUUAAGGCUGGAAUCAGCCUUUAUGGGAUUACAACUCGACCAAGACUGUUGGCCAUUGAACUAUGGAUCCUUUGUUCUGAGUCCCAAGGGAAAGCUUAUGAAUGUGGACAGUGGACAAUGUGUGGGUUACAAAGGUCCUUCGAAAGAAGCUAAGUUAAUCAAUUGUACAGAAGCAGAAAUCUUUAAAGAGAUUGAAGACAUAAGCAGAAACCCCGGGAUGGCAGGAUGGAAGUUCUGGAAUGAAACUUGGUACCUCCUGCAGCAUUCCCACCCCAUGUCAUGGAGAGAAGCGCACAAAGCUUGCCAGGCAUUCCGAAACGCGUCUCUGCUGACCGUACACAGCGUCGACGAGAAGCUGUGGUUGGACCUUGUUGCCAAUGGAGAGUACUGGAUCGGCCUCACGGAUACAAAUAAAGAGUCAGUGUUUGUGUGGCACGAUGGAGCCGCCUUGAAACCUGCAAUGCGUAGCGUCUUGAAUGAUGACAGAUCAAGGGGAGGACUGCUUGACUGUGUUUACCUCUCCUCAAGCAGCGACUUCUGGAAGGACGACGAGUGUACUAAGAGCAAGGGUUACAUUUGUAAAACCACUCCAUCAACGUCGCUGUUCGAGAUUCACAAAUUGAAAGGAUUAAGUGAAAACGAGGCGGUCACGUGCUCUGCUGCCGAUACCUUGUUAAACGCCAUGGAAACUUGCCUCCGACGUGAAAAUUGCACUGGUGUCGUGGAACUGCCCAGAAAAUACUGCUUGGCAGAAACGAGCGGCGUCAUUGGAGCCAACUCUAAAUCCACGCUGUACGUCAAAGCGCAUUGCAAAAUGGGCUUGAGUGGAUUUUUUUGUGACUCCGGACAGCCGGUUGUAGAGACCCCCAUCACCGUCAUCGUGUGCGAGUGUUUGCCUUACUUCAUAUCGCCUGAGCUGAAGGUUUGUGGCAGGACUGCUAAAGAAUGCACGCGUGGAUGUACGUUAGCCACUUGCGACAACUGUAGACCUGUCUGCAAUGAUGCUGGGAUGAAGAGCACACCUCUGAUGCGGCUCAUUUGGCACAGAAUUGCGAACAGUGAAUUCUAUGCCUCCAAAAACGGAUCACACCCCAAGGAGAGCUCCAGCAUCUUUGUGGACGUCCGUGCACCUUGACCUUCUGACAAUGCGCCAGCCUCGCCUGCUGUAAUCAUAUCCACCCCGCACCAGAUCCCUUGCCGUUAUGCUCGCGUCGUUCGUCAUCGGGUUGGUCACUUUAAAAUCUCAACCUUGUUUCACGACAUUCAUAUUUACCGUGACAUAUAUACAUAUAUAUACAUACAGUAGUAGCAUUGGGGAGCUCUGGCAUAGUGGUGAGCACACGUUGCUACGAAGUUGCAAACCUGAUUUUGAUUUCCGAGGAAUGAUUGCGUCACCAUUGGGUUAUAUCUCACGUGAUCCUCAGCCUCCCUUCGGCAAUCCGCACUGACCAGCAUGGUGAAGUAUGGACCAACAAAAAUCCCCUAUAACCGACAGCUUGGGGAGGUCUUCAUCCAGCAGUUAAUUGAGAAAUGGCCGGAUUUUGUUGCGUGUAUGUACGUAUGGACUCAAUUAAAAAGUCGCUGUCUUCUGGACAUAGUGGCCCCUGCCAUGGGAUCGUAGAAUUUACACCACUGGCUUAGGGCCACCAAAUGGAGAUUUACACGACCCCACACUUGUUUGAGUAAGGAAAGGCUUCUUUUUAUUUGUGUAAAUAUUGUAGAGAGAAUGUUGCCGUCCCUUGUUUCGCAUUUUCCUUACCGGUCACACAUGUGCUUUUGCGUUGCAUUUCUUUACCCCCCAAAAUUUGACUUUUAAGCCAGAAUUCUACAUAUGGAUGCGGUGCACGUGAAUCUAAUCGUCAGUUCACCAUAUAAACAUUAUUCUUGAUGCAGCAAUAUCAUUUGUGUGUGUUUGGGUGCUUUUUUACCUUUGUUCUUUGCACUACAAUCAUGUGAAAUCUUGACUUAAAGCUUUC